AUGUUGGAUUUUUCAAAUUAUGACGUUAUAGCUGUGUCAACUUUAAUUGAUUAUAUGGCAACUGGUGGUCGUACGAAGGCACGAAUUACAAAUUCCAUUCUUGGUGACAUGACCGAAAUUGCUCGUCUCCUAGAAAUGGAAUCAUUAUUAACAAAAAUUAAUGAAUUUAUUCUAAUAUCAGUAACACAAAAUGAACAAUUCUUAGUGCAUACAUUAACAAUGAUUAGUAUGCAAAUAUUAUUGGAUACAUCGAUGGGAAAAAAAGUUUUUGAUAUUGCUGUUAAUAAAUUCCCAAUUAUCAGAAAGAUGGCAUCAUUUAAUGAAGUGCCACUUGAUGCAAUUCUACGUAUUCUUGAUCGGUGUGAUUUGAAUAUAAGCAGUGAAUAUGAUGUAGUUGAAACAGCUAUUUCAUGGUUAGCUGCUAAACCGGAACGUAUUCAUUUUUCAUAUUUAGUACUACGUUGUAUACGUAUUGCUAAUUUAGCGCCUGAUCAACGUACGGAUCUUUUUGCGCUUACCAGUUCUAUGUCAAAUUAUGCGCAAAUAAUGUCAGCUUUUGCGCAUUACACUUUUAAUAAUACAAAUGCGCAUCGGGUAUGUGUUUUAGCCGAACAUAACUCAUACAAACGAUGUGGCAAUAGAAGUGGUCACACGCAAUUUGUUAUUAAUGUGCCCAGUCGAAAAAUUGUUUAUCGAAGAAAAGCACCACCAAUUAAAGCAUCUUAUGUGACGGCUAAACCAAGUAAUUAA